UGAACGAUUUUAUAGGACUUUGGUUCUAUCACCAAAAAAAUACUUUGCGAAAUUGCGUGAUUCGCAGCCUACGAUCACGCAUGCGCACUCGCACGAGUGGAAGGUCAAAGUCUUCUGCAUGCUGCGACGAAGGCCGAUAGCCAAGCCACCGAGGCACGUAUCACUCUGAUCAGAACCGACAAUGUUCUCUAUGGGGCUAACGGACAUGCAAAAGAUCGGAUUAGGGCUGGUGGGGUUUGGUCUUGGUUUUCUCUCCCUUGGCGUCGUCCUGUUCUUUGACAAAGGACUGCUGGCCAUGGGAAAUAUCCUGUUUCUUGCAGGGAUCAUCUUUAUCAUUGGCAUGGAGCGGACGUACAGAUUCUUCUUCCAGUCGCACAAGUUGAAGGGCACGGCUUUUUUUGCCGGAGGAAUGCUCAUUGUACUCGUGGGCUAUCCAAUCAUUGGGAUGCUGGUAGAGAUUUACGGAGCCUUUCUUCUGUUCGGGGGACUGCUACCACAUGCGGUGCUGCUACUGAGACGGAUGCCUAUCAUUGGACACAUACUCAAUGCUCCUGGAAUCAAAGUGGUAUGAAACACAUAAGUGUGUGGAUACUGUCAUACAACACACACAAAUGGCAGUGCUGCUCACCGUUUUCAGUGCACUAUGCGUGAGAAUUGAAUCCAGAUAGAAGGGGAAGAGAAAGACAAAUAGGACUGCAAUAGGUCUUAGAUUACUACUAUAUACCUUGGUAGUACUCACAUAAGAUAGAGCUGAGCUUUACAUAGUCACCUGGGAAGUGGCCUUAAUUUUUCGUCUUUUACGACAAUGAUGAGAGCAACGAUAGCCCUCCGACCUCGAUCCUGAUACCUUGACUAUAGCUAUAGAAUGCAGUGGUAGGAUUGACUAUGGCAUGCGCUCAACCAAGAGAGCUUACUAAUUCUCCUGAUGUA